AUGGAUUCCUCGGGGAACGCUGCUGCGGCGUCCGAUCCGCAGUCACAGGGCACCACAGGGGGGACGCCGGCAGACGCAGCAGCGCCACACAACGUUGCUGACCUCACAGCCUUUGUACAAACUCUUCUUCAGCAAAUGCAAGCCCGCUUCCAGACCAUGUCCGAGACAAUCAUCUCGAGGAAUAUCCGCCUUGCCGCCCCUUAUUGCCCCUUUCCUGCUCCCUCUACUUCACUCUGCGAUUUACUUCCUCCCUAUUCUUCCGCCCACCUCCCUCUCAUGUCCACCUUUCACAUUGCAUUUACCGUCAUGUGUUUUUUGGUCGUUUACAAUCGGGCGUGUUUGUUUGCUCAUCUCCCUUUUCUUCUUCACCUCUCUCCUGCCAUGCCUGCUGUUCAUCCUUAA